GCGGAUAAGAGCGCUGUUUGUGGAGCAUAAAAGUGGGUCCACCUCACUCUGCGUUGAAAUUACACGCAAACGAGGUCAUUUUUGAGCUGUUUGCUGGUUGCCUGGGCCAGGUUUUUCCACUGAACGAUUCCAAGGAAUGGAUUAAGAAGGGGCUUUUUUGUUGUUGUGUGGGUCUUGCGAAGUUCUCGUCAAGAUGGAAACAAUAGCCCGCGUCGUGGGAGCGGCUAUCGUCUGUAUUACCGCGGUGUUUAACUACUUAACCGAUGUGUUUCUCACUCAACCGCUGAAGGCUACAAUCCAACAUUUGGAGGAAACCGACCUGACAACUCUGAGCGGAGAAAACAGGUCGCUCAAGGCCAAAUCACUGUGGGCAAGCUCCGGAGCUGUCAUCAUGGCUGUCCGUCGGCCUGGGUGAUUUUUGUGCAGAGAGGAGGCUGCAGAGUUGUCCUCUCUGAAAUCCCAGCUGGACCAGCUAGGGGUCCCCCUCUAUGCUGUGGUGAAAGAGGACGUUGGCACAGAGGUCCUGAACUUCAAACCUUUCUUCAAUGGGGACAUAUUCUUGGAUGCAAAGCGGCGGUUCUAUGGACCACGCGAGCGGAGUAUGGGUCUACUGGCGUUUCUCCGUGUUGGGGUGUGGACGAAUGGGCUGCGAGCCUUCAGGAACGGCUUCAUAGGGAAUGUUUCCGGGGAAGGUUUCAUCCUGGGUGGUGUCUAUGUCCUGGGACCAGGGGAACAGGGAGUAAUUCUGGAGCAUCGGGAGAUUGAGUUUGGGGAUAAGGUCAACGUUUUGGAGGUCCUCAACGCUGUUGGGAGGAUACAAAGGGAGCUUGUGUCUUUGGAGGAAAGAUAGCCCCGUGGAAAUCCAGAGUGACGUCUUAAAGUCCGAAAACUGGCAAAUGGUCAAAUUACUUCUGUAGGAUUCCUCGUUUCUGUAUAUUCUGGUCGUAGAAUAGAAUCUUAAAGGUGCACUGUCAUAAAAGUGGCGAAAGUUAAUGUAGUUGCUUCGAUGUUGAAACGUUUGCAUAUUGAUGUUUGAAUAGAGGGUCUCUGAUCCUUGAGCUUCCAUCGUGUGUGUGUGACUGUGCAGUAAGGGGAUCUGGGAGUGUUAAUGAUGGCCUGACUCUAAACUCUGAACGAGGGAGCAGGCCUGAUGUCUAACAACCAGAUGAAACCCCUUGUUUCUGUCGUCACCUUUCAGAUGUCUAUCCACCAGAAGCCAAAAGAACAAUAAAAGUGUAAUGGUCUAAUUCA